AUGAGGAAGAGCUCGUUGGCUGAAGCGCACGUUCGGUUACAGAUGAUCAAACGUUGUAUAACCUACGAGGGAGAGUUGUUACCAUUUCAUCAAUUUGAUAUGGACGUCGGGUAUGACGAAGGGUUGGAUCGAGUCUUCGUAAUAUGGCCCAUCACGAUAUGCCAUGAAAUCGACGAAAAUUCACCACUCUACGACGUCAGCAAGGAGAGCUUGAUGACGGCCAAAUUUGAGAUUAUUGCGAUAUUGGAGGGCGUUGUGGAAUCGGUGGGGUCGACAACACAAGCAAGGACCAGUUAUCUUCCAAAUGAAAUUUUAUGGGGGAAACGAUUCGAGAAACUGGUGCACUACAAAAAAGAGAACGGGCAAUACCAUAUUGAUUUCCAAAAAUUCCACAAUGUCUAUGAUGUGAAAACGCCACCAUGUUCAGCGAAGGAAUUGGAUGAGAUGAGGACCGCGGGCACCUUCAACGAAAAGGAAUACCAGAUCUACCAUCACGAUAGCCAAAAUGCACUGAAUAUCGACGCGAUGGAGAACAUUCCGGAGGUAACUCUCACUCAACCCGAGCCACCCCUCGUCAAUAAUAUCAGUGUUGCCGUCAAUAGUACUCCACAUGUGGUAUUACGAGUCGAGUCGGACGACGAGAAUAGCGGCGAGGAGGGCACCGGAUUGGAAUUGAUGUACAAGCAAUUAGUUCUGGCUACGGAAGCGGCUAAUGACGAUGAGGAUACCUUUAUUACGGUCUUUACUGGUUGUGGUGAUGAGUUUUAUUCGUCUGGAAAUGACUUCAGCCCGGCGGCCGGUAAUGUACCUGACAUGGACGAAAUCGACCCGCAGCCCCUGCACAAAGUCUGGACGAAUCGGUUGAUCAAACAUAAAAAGGCACUGAUCGCCCUGGUGAAUGGGCCGGCGAUAGGCAUCGCUUGUACGACGUUGGCGCUGAUGGAUCAUGUGAUCAUCUCCGAUAAGAGUUACUUCCUCUGCCCGUUCACGCAGUUUGGAUUGUGCCCGGAAGGAGCUUCGAGCCACACUUUUGAAAACAUUAUGGGUCGGGCCAAGGCCGGAUCCCUCGCUCUCUUCGCCGAGAAAAUGUCCGCUCAAGAAGCUUUCCAAUGUGGCUUUGCCUCCAAGAUCAUCCCACACGAUCGCUUCCGUGAGGAGACCGGCAAGCUGCUUGAGAAAUACGCCAAGUUGGCUCACCACGUAACCCAAAAA